UGGGAUAUGUAGUUGGGAUUUCGAAGUGACGGGGAACUAAAUCGAAAGUAAGCCAAACGGAGAGAAAACACGCGUAGGCCUACAGACAUUCCUGUUUUCUCAAACACAUUCAGGAAAGUGUUCUUAAGCAGUUGAUGUGUGUGUUAAUGAGAUAAAAUGGCCAGUAUUUCAGUGGAUCAGGAUCACUUCAUGUGUUCAGUGUGUUUGGAUCUACUGAAGGAUCCAGUGACGCUUCACUGUGGACACACUUACUGUAUGAGGUGCAUCACAGACUGCUGGGAUCAGGACGAUCAGACGGGAAUCUACAGCUGCCCUCAGUGCAGACAAACCUUCAGCCCUCGGCCUGUUCUAGGGAAGAAUGUGGUGGUUGCUGAGAUGGUGGAGAAGCUGAAGAAGACGAGACUUUCUGGUGUGUGUUACGCUGGAGCUGGAGAUGUGGAGUGUGACGUCUGUACUGGAAGAAAACACAAAGCCAUCAAAUCCUGUCUGACGUGUCUCAAGUCUUACUGUCAAACUCAUCUUGAACGUCAUGAGGAAUUUCUCUCAGGAAAUUCACACAAAAUAGUGACUGUCACUAGAAAACUGAAGGAGAUGAUCUGCCCUCAACAUCAGAAGCUUCUGGAGGUUUUCUGUCGUACUGAUCAGCAGUGCGUUUGUUUGAUGUGUUUGAUGGAUGAACAUAAAAACCACGACACAGUUUCAGCGGCAGCACAGAGGACACAUGAAGAGAAACACUUGAAGGAGACGCAGAGAAAGUUUCAGGAGAAGAUCCACCAGAGAGAGAAAGAUGUUCAGGAGCUGAGAGACGCUGUGGAGUGUCAUAAGCGGUGUGCACAGACAACAGUGGAGGACUGUGAGAUGAUGUUGACUGAAGUGAUGUCAUUGAUUGAGAGAAGACGCUCUGAGGUGACACAGCUGAUCAGAGAUCAGGAGACGGCUGCAGUGAGUCCAGCUGAAGGACUCUUGGAGCGACUCAAGCAGGAGAUUGAUGAUCUGAGGAGGAGAGACGCUGAGCUGGACAAGAUUUCACACACAGAUGAUCACAUCACUUUCCUACAGAGUUUUCAGUCUCUCUCUGCACCUCCUGAAUCUCCAGACGACAUCAGUGUCACUUUUCUCAUUUCUUUUGAUGCUGUGAGAGAAUCUGUCCGUCAGCUGAGAGACAAACUGCAGGAUUUCUGCACACAGCCCAUGAGAAAGAUCUCGGUCACACACACCAACACUGUCCCCAGGAUCAGAGACGACUUCCUACAAUAUUCUCAUCAGUUGACUCUGGAUCUAAACACACUGAAUAAAAAUCUCUGUCUGUCUGAGGGAAACAGAACGAUUACAAACACUUUCCUACAGAAGUGUCAGUAUCCCAAUCAUCCGGACAGAUUUGAUGAUGCGUGUCAGGUGUUGUGUAAAGAGAGUGUGUGUGGACGCUGUUACUGGGAGAUUGAGAGGACUGGUGUUAAUAAUGUGUUUAUAUCAGUGUCAUAUAAGAGCAUCAGGAGGAAGGGACCGGGUGAUGAGUGUUGGUUUGGAUAUAAUGAUCAGUCCUGGAGUUUGAUCUGCUCUGACUCCAGUUACUCAUUCAGACACAAUAAGAUCAAGACUAAACUCCCUGUAAAACUCAGAUCUGAUAGAUUAGGAGUGUAUGUGGAUGAGAGAGCAGGAAUUCUGUCCUUCUACAGCAUCUCUGACACAAUGACCCUCAUCCACAGCAUCAGCACCACAUUCACUCAACCGCUCUAUCCUGGAUUUACUGUUUGUCACAAUUCAUCAGUGAAGCUGUGUGAUCUAUAGAUUAUAGAGAGAUUCUACACCUCACAGAUUUAGACUGAAUGGUGAAUGAGAAACUGUCAGAUGUUUUAAUCACUAAACGAAAAGCAAAAUCUGAAUUUGAGAUCAAUCCAAAAACUAUUUUAGUUUAAAGUGUGAAAUUUAAGCAUGUUACACUGAACAUUUAUUUUAUUACUAUUAAAAAUCUCCAUUCACAUGGUUUUAUGUUGUUCAGAGGUUGCGAUAGACUUUUUCAUUGGCUCGUAAAAAAUCUGUCAUAAUCUAUAUAUUUUUAAGGUGAUGUUACGUGCUAAUUAGCAUGUUUGUGACAUCAUCACUAUGUACAUGCAUUUACUCUCUGAACUUACUGAACUUAAUACUCAAUGCAGUUGAAGUCGUUUACAGAUUUAAUGUUUCUGUUGUCAGACAUAAAAUAAUAAUUACAGACAAAUGUUUGUAAUCAUGUCCAAUCAGUAACAAUGGCAGAUGCUUGUAAAUACUGUUUUGUAAUAAUUUAUUCACUUACAAGUAACUUUAAGCUGCUGUUAGGUUAUGAAUGUGCUGCUUCUGCCGCUCACUGAACGGAAAAGACGCAGAGAGACAUUUUUCAACUCACUGAAGCGGCCCUAACACACGCGGUUUCUGCCAAUCUUAUAUUAAUCUUGAGUACCUAUAGAGUAAUAUUGCAUACUUCGUAUCUUCGAAGAGUAUUUAGUUUGAUCACAUUUAUAUAAGAUAGAUACAGCUGUACGAUUAUUUCCGAAAGCAUACGGUGCAUGGGGGGGGGGGAGGGGUAGGCUGAACUAAAGCACGUGCGCAACCAUUGCCAACAAAACACAGACAUCAGUUUCACUCACCGCAUGCGGUUCAUGUCCGGCAUCUUUUAGUGCUGAGACGGCUCCAUAUAUCAGUUUCAAACAAUCUCCAAAUCCAGCGUUAUAUCCACCAUUUAUAUAACAUUCAUCACCCAAAUGCAGUGAACAAACAAACACCUGAACUUUUCUCUCUCUCUCUCCUGCACAUACGUAAGUGAAAGUGACGUCUGCGCACGCUCCUUCUCCUGCUCUCCUUGCUGCCGCGUGGGCGUGCCGCGUGCUUUUCCGGGAGAAUUGUCCAAUAAGGGACUAAGAAAAAUUGUUAUGAAACAGUUUUAUAUGUUCGAAAAAAACUUUCUGAAACCUGUACGAUCGCUGGGGGAGUGUAUCGAGCACAGAAAUACUACGUAAUACACCCAACUCGUUUUUUUGACAAGUUGACCAUGUUAAGCAUGAGAAGACAGCAUGUUCAACAUUGUAAAGUCAGAAUGCAUGACACAUCGUUGCAGCACCCCUUUAAGGUUUAUCCAAAAUGACAUUAGUCGCUAUCGCUCUGUGAAGGAAAAAAGUCUGCAAACACUGCACCACUGUGCGCGCCUGAGUGUAUGUGUGAGCACGCGACGUGGGGGUCUGAUUAAUUGACAGAUGACUCAUUGUAAUCCGUCAAAGUGUCGGACGGCCUUCAGAUUUUUCCGUCACUGGUAAAAAGAAUCUGUCAAUGACGGAUAAUUUUCGGUUAACGAAAAUUGUCAUAGUUCUAUCGUUCUUGUCCAGAACGCGGGUGAAUAUUUUGUGGGGGUUUUUAUUAAUUUGGUGCUAUUAUGUGCAACAGAGUAAACAACACUUGGGUUUACUGUAUGUAUGUUGCAUACAGACGGCUUUCUGCUGCUUGCAAACAGACUAUUUUCAGAAAACAGUGUAGUUUGGAUCCUGACAUCUGUGUUCUAGUCAUGGUUCUUGUGUCAGGAUCUAAACUCAUGCUCUGUGUUUGGUGUUUUGCUGUUGGAGCACAUGGCUCAUGAUCUGUGUUUGCUGUGUGUUCUUCAGUCUUGUGUUCUUUGUUCAUGGUUUGUUUUCUGUGUGUCGUGUGCUUUUGUGUCUUGAUCGCACCCUCUUUUUUCCUGAUUAAUCAUCAUUCUAUCAUUAUAAGUGCAUGUUCUUCACCACUGCUCGCUGUAGUUUCUCUUUUGUUGAAUAAAAGUUUCGUGUUGAAACUUGCUGUCUGCACUUGGGUUCUGUCUGACUGAUUUGAUUGUAGUCAAUGACAAACACACAGAAUUAAUUUUAUGUAACAAUACUUGAAAAAAAAACAUUAUUUAUACAGGCCUAUAUAACGCCUUCCCUAAAAAAAUCUACCUUUCCUAAAAACAUAAAAUAUAUAACAGAAAAACAUGUCCUCACUAAACUUCAUAGCUAUUUCAAAACACAAUAGGAAAGAACAAGUGCAAGAGAAAAUAAGAGGAUAUCAGCAAUACAUCACAAACAGCAGCUAAUCCAUCACGAAAUAAACAACAAACACACUACAACCACAAAAUGAUUCAUCUAAAGUUACACUGCUGUUUUUCAACGAUCACCAGAGACUACACACUAGAGGUCUUCUCGGGUUCAAAGAUCUGUACCCGAUCCGAAAUGACCCAAAUCAAUUCUUUCUCAACACGUUCUGCAUUUGGAGGCUUCCAAUAGUGGAAUCAAUACCUUGAAAACCUUCCACAUAUAUGAUAUACGUGUAUGCUCCGUUAUACUGUAUGUCAAAAAUAUAUAUAUGCCUGUAUGAAAUAUUUUGUACAGUUAUUACAUGUCAUCACAUUCAAAUGAAUGUUUUGACUCUCUUUGGUUAUUUUUUGGUGUUUAACUUAUUGAAAAGUUUUCUAUUUGUUCUAUCUAUUGCAUAGAUAGAAGAUCUAGUGUUAAUUCACAUUGUUUAUAGAUUAUUAUGCAGAUACACAUUAAAUAAUUGCUAAAAAAGCAACUCCCCAGAUGCCAAUCCCAUACGGAGAACCUGUGGUCAAUCCUCAAAAAGCGAGUGGACGAGCAAAAGCCCACAAAUUGUGAUCAUCUCAGAGCACUAGCAAGGCAAGAAGGGUUCAUCAUCAGUCAGGAUUUGGCCCAGAAGCUAAUAUCCAGCAUGCCAGAGCAAAUUACAGACUGUAAUUACACUGUAAAUAUUAACUCUGCAUAUAUUAUGUUUUUGCCAAUAAACACCUUUAAAACUUAAGAUAUGCUCAUCAUUGUUUUCCAGUAUACCAUAGAAACAUGUGGACAAUAAUCUACAAACACAGCAGCAGCAAACUUUGCAAAACACAAAAUGUAUGACUCACUGCCAAUACUUUUGGCCAGUACUGUGCAGUUAAAGGUAUGUUACAAGUAUUUCAAGUGUAAAAGUAAUAUCUAAAUAGUAUGUUCAUAAAAAUACAAGCAUACUUUAACUA